AUGAUCAUCGUACUCAAGCCAGAGUUCAGGCCCAGCUUCCAGCUAUCAACUGAAGGAUCCCUCANCAUCACAGGUUCUCAGCAGCAGACCGGAAACAUCACAGGUUCUCAGCAGCAGACCGGAAACAUCACAGGUUCUCAGCAGCAGACCGGAAACAUCACAGGUUCUCAGCAGCAGACCGGAAACAUCACAGGUUCUCAGCAGCAGACCGGAAACAUCACAGGUUCUCAGCAGCAGACCGGAAACAUCACAGGUUCUCAGCAGCAGACCGGAAACAUCACAGGUUCUCAGCAGCAGACCGGAAACAUCACAGGUUCUCAGCAGCAGACCGGAAACAUCACAGGUUCUCAGCAGCAGACCGGAAACAUCACAGGUUCUCAGCAGCAGACCGGAAACAUCACAGGUUCUCAGCAGCAGACCGGAAACAUCACAGGUUCUCAGCAGCAGACCGGAAACAUCACAGGUUCUCAGCAGCAGACCGGAAACAUCACAGGUUCUCAGCAGCAGACCGGAAACAUCACAGGUUCUCAGCAGCAGACCGGAAACAUCACAGGUUCUCAGUAG